CUAAUCUAUUUUGGCCUGUUGACAGUUGACUGUGAAUAUAACGAAAGAAUGGUACAAAACAAAUUAUACGAAAAUUUACAUUUUUCAUUACUGCAACGAGUUUUUUCAACAAAAGUUUUUAUGAAAUCAGUGGAAACUCACAUAUUGGGUUUGGAAAUGUUUUAUAUGCAGCAGAAAAUACGAAUUGGCAAGUGAACCUUAAUUCUUCUCCCGGUAAGAUUGCAUACCAUAAAACAUGCUCAAUGUAGUGGAUAAAACGGAAUCGGGAAGUGCAUAUGCUGCAGACAUGGAGAAUAUACUGAGUAUAGGGAAUUUAAGCCUAAACAGUGAGAAAAUUUUUAGCAAAAAAACAAGCAAUAAAGUUCUCCGUUUACGGCCUAAAAUAUUUUCUGCAGAGUUAACAGAAUGUCUGGCGCUGGACUGCGAGUUCGUCGGUACGGGAUCGGAUGGUAAAGAGCACAUGCUUGCCCGAGUUUCGAUUGUAAACGAACGAGGUGAGGUAAUACUGGAUACUUAUGUAAAGCCCCAGAAGACUGUGAUAGAUUAUCGAACCGAAAUAAGUGGUAUCCGACCUGAGCUAAUGGAAUCCGGAAAAGACUUUAGCUCUGUGCGAGAGACUGUUAAAAUUUUACUACACGGCCGUAUUCUUGUUGGCCAUGCAUUGAAAAAUGAUUUGCUAGUGCUCAAUUUACGGCAUCCAAGACACAUGGUUCGAGAUACGUCGCGUUUUCAUCCGAUAGCUCGACGUAUUCGGGCCCUCGGUACACCAAGUCUUAGAAACUUAUCCAAACUUAUUCUCGGUGAGGAAAUUCAAAACGGAAUUCACGAUUCCAUUGAGGAUGCGAGUGCUGCGAUGAAAAUUUACCGAAUAUUUCAGGAAGAGUGGGAAAAAUCUCUACGAAAAGUAACACGCAGGCAGCGAUGACGAUAGUAUAAACCGGUUAACCUUGUUAGGGCAUUGUAUAAAAAAAGUUUCAACGUGAAUUGUAAAUGAAUGUGCUUAAAAUAGUUUGUAAUAAAGUUUUUAAUUAGGCAAUUUCAUUAUUCA